AUGUUAUAAUCAUAAUAAAGUCAUACAGCACCCAUUCAAUCUGCUAGUUACACCGUUACUCUCUUAAAAAAGUAACUAAAAUGUAAUUAAUUGAUCUUAAAUAUAGAAUUGGAAGAAAGUAAAACAAUAGAAGGAGUUUCAGUUGGGUUAGAAGGAAAUAGUUUAUAUUCUUGGAAUAUUAGUUUUGCAGGUCCUUCAGAUACUUUAUAUGAAGGAGGGUAUUUUUAAGCUCUAAUGAAAUUUCCAGAAGAUUAUCCCAAUUCACCUCCAACAUUUAGAUUUUAAACAGAAAUGUGGCAUCCAAAUAGUAUUUUGAAUAUCAUUAACUAUAGUUUAUACUGAUGGAAGAGUUUGCAUUUCAAUUUUACAUGCAUAAGAUGAAUUUAAUGAUUAAGAACCUCCAGAAACAAGGUAUUAUUAGAGACAAUAAUUUUAGAUGGAGACCCAUUCUUACACCAGAAGAUGUAUUAAUAUCUAUAGUUUCAAUAUUAUCCGAACCUAAUAUUAAUUCACCAGCAAAUGUUGAUGCAGGAAUUCAAUUUAGAGAUAGACCUGAUGAAUAUAAGAAAAAAGUUAGAAAAUUAAUUGAUAAAGCAUUAGAAAAUUUGUGAC